AUGUGCAGCACCCUCCACAGGCCUGCCUCACACAGGAACUGCAUCACAGAGACUUGUGCCCUGCAGUGGCGCGUGGGACCCUGGUCACAGUGCACUGCCACCUGCGGUCGCCAUGGUUUCCAGUCACGCCAUGUGACCUGUGCCCACCGCCGCAGUGGCAAGCCUGCCCGUGAGCACCACUGUACAUGGAGGCCUCGUCCUCCCAGUUGGCAACGAUGCAACAUCCUGUCCUGUGGAAGAGGCGAGUGUCGGGACAGUACCAGGUAUUGUGAGAAGGUUCGGCAGCUGGAGCUCUGUUCCCUGCUCCAGUUCAAGACCCGCUGCUGCCAGUCCUGCCGAGACAUCUGAAGGAAAGGAAGUGACAGGUGGAUAGACAAUUAUUGUUAAACCAUGGACUGCCACACAGAUUAGCGAACAGUAUUGUUUAAUACCACUGGCUAUUCUACUAUAGGUUCAUUAUUUAAAGCCACACUCCUUAA